AUGGCGGCGCUGCGGGGCUCGGCGCGCCGGGGCUGGCUGCGCUGCCCGCAACCCGCGGCCCUGGCGGCGGCCGCGGCCCUGGCCGUCUGCGCCUUCUACUACCUGGGCGGCGGCGGCGAGACCUUCUCCAGCGCCACCCGCCGCCUCCGCGCCACGCCGCCCGCCCCGGCCGGCCCGGGGCCCCGCGGGCUGCACCUCCUGUUCAUGUUCACCAAGGCGGAGCGGAACCCCGCGCUCCGCGACAAGGCGCAGGCGGCGCUGCGCUCGCUGCUGCAGCACGGCCGCCUGGGCGCCGCCGAUGUGCUGCACCUCCACCUCGUCACCGAGGGCGCCAGCCGCGACAUCGGCCUCGGGCUGCUGCGGGACCUGCUGCGCGGCGCCGCCUUCCGCCACCAGGUAAUAGUCCAUGAUGUGAAUGAGCUGACAGAAAAGCUGUUUCCCAUCGUUGAGGCCAUGCAGAAACACUUCAGCGCUGGAUCGGGGACCUACUACAGCGACUCCAUCUUCUUCCUGUCAGUUGCAAUGCAUCGCAUCAUGCCCAAAGAAAUAACACGGAUCAUUCAGGUGGACUUGGACCUGAAAUACAAGACCAACAUCCGAGACCUGUUUGAUGAGUUUGACAACUUCCCAGAGGGAGCAGUCAUUGGGAUUGCCAGGGAAAUGCAACCAGUGUACAGGCACACCUUCUGGCAGUAUCGCCGUGAGAACCCCCAAACCAAAGUUGGGGAGCCCCCUCCUGAUGGGCUGCCAGGCUUCAACAGCGGUGUCCUGCUCCUGAACCUGGAAGCCAUGAGGCAAUCCAAGCUCUACAACCAGCUGCUGGAGCCUACCAUGGUGCAGAAGCUGACAGAGAAGUACCACUUCAAGGGCCACCUUGGGGACCAGGACUUCUUCACUAUGGUGGGGAUGGAACAUCCAGAGCUUUUCCAUGUGCUGGACUGCACGUGGAACCGGCAGCUUUGCACAUGGUGGAGGGACCAUGGGUACAGUGAUGUGUUUGACCAGUACUUCCAAUGUGAGGGGAAGGUCAAAAUUUACCAUGGGAACUGCAACACCCCAAUCCCUGAAGACUAAGGCACCCACUGCCCCCAGGGGCAGCUCUAACUGCAGCAAGACCUGCAAAGCCAUAGUGGCUGCACUGUCAGUCCCUCAGGAGGCUCUGAUCCAGCAUAAUCCAGGGGACUCUAGGGAUCCCACGAGCAUUCAGUAUCCUACUGCCUGUUGUCUCACCCUCCAAGAGAAGGGCAGUUCAGCUGUUGGAACAGGACAUCCACAGCCACUACAUCCAGGGCUCAGCUCCUGGCUCUGCUUGAUGAAAUCCAUGGUGCCCAUCUGUGCCUCAGCUGCUGGGGUGUGGGCACAGCUGAGGGGCCAUCAGAGACUGCUGCUUUUGCAGGGUCCAGCUCCCUGGGUGCUGUGCAGCUUUGCCUUGUCUGAUGGUCGGCACGAGUCCCCAGCGAGCAGUUGUGUUUCAUUUGUCAUUCCUUGGUGGCCCAUUUCUGCACCUCAUGCAGAGAAUUGGUCUGGUCCCUCCGGAGAGCAGACACUGUCCUCAGGUCAUCUUCCUUUUGAAGCAUUCCAGAAAGGCAAGAGGGCUUUAAAGACUGAAAAGCUUCAAAUUGGGUUACUUAAAAACAAAAAAUGAAUGCUAGAUAAGCUUUCAAGCCUUCCGUUAGUUCUUCUUAGCAAUAAAAGCUUUACUGCCCUGUGUUGUCCUAGAAGUGUGUAGCAAUAGGUUCAUUUUUCUAGCUUUGCUUUUAACCUUUUAUAUGAGAAUAAAGCUGCAGAUGUCAGACAC